AAUUCUCUCCUCUGUGAGCCUAUAUAAAUAAACCUUUCACCACCCUCAUAAUGCAACUACAUCAAAGAAGCAACCAUGAAGAGCCUUAUAGUCACCACCUUCCUCCUCUUCCUUCUCGGCCAGGCCGACAUCUCAUGUGGCACAGUGAUGCAGAAGGGACCUGUGUGUGCCAUGUUCGCGAUGGGUGCUGUGAUGGGCUGAACCAGCUUGAACAGAGCAUGCGCUCGGUUAAUGACAAGAGGGCCAUCUGUAGGUGCCUCAAGGCAGCACCCAAGUCCAUCCGUGAACGUGCAAGUCAGCUAAUUGACCAGAUCUCCACAGCCUGCAACGUCAAGUUCGAAUCCACCGUUUCCAUGAACACCAACUGCAACGAGAUUCGCUGAUGUCAAAAGAUUGUUGAUAUGGACGCAUGAUCGAGUCAGCCUCCCGCAAUAUGGAAGAGAGAAACACAGAGAAUAAAACAUAUGCGUCUUAUGCAAAGACCCACUGAUGCCUCUGAUAAUGUAAUCUUCC